GCUAUGGCUGUGAGCAAGGAGAAGAAAAGGUGAUGCUUCUGCUAUGUGAUUCUCCUCUAGACCAGUCCAAUCCUGAACAUUAGCAAGAGAAAGCCUGCAUACAAAGACCUUGCAUUACAUCACAUUACUGAAGAGCAAGCAAGAGCACAGACACACUCACAAUCAGCAGCUGCUGCCUUUGUUACAAUAGCAUAAAGGCAGUGGAAGAAAGGGAGUGUGUCCUCCUGAAGCUGUCUGGAUUUAUAUCUCUCCCUGUCCAGCAAAGAGGAGAAGGGAUACAGGGAUCUGGGGAGAUCCAGGAGGAAAAAUGAAUUUAUCUUUCAAGCAAGGAGGAGACAAAGAAAAGCACUGAGAGAUGGGUAGGAGAGCUGAAAAAGCACCAAGGAGACUGAGAAUUCUGAAUGUCUAAAGGAAGUGCCUCCACUCCAGGUGUGACUUGAUACAGUGAGUACUGUAGGUGAUGCUAUCAAUAUCUUUCAAUGGGUGAUGCUGACUCCUUUGUGAGCCAGACUCUCUUCUGAUCACUGCCAUAUUAUUCAGACUCUAAGACACUUGCAAAUGCAUCUAAAUGCAUGUAAAUAGGCCUAGUCAAGAGGCAUUGUCUGCAGAAUCAUCUCAAACUGGAUAAUGUUUGCCCGGGUUGAUUUAAUAUCACUAUUUUAGUGAUGCUCCAUGAAGAAGUCCAGCUCCCUGAAUAAUGUUUACAGCAAUAUAUGACCUUAUAUUCCGCUCUAACUAUGAACAUUAAGUCCCUCUGAAGAAUACUGAACUGUAAUAUGCUGUACACAUUGAGGCUGAUCAGCUUAGUACCAGCAAUGAUAAUUAUCUUUCCUGAGUCCAGUUUAUUGUAAUGACAUCUAGUAGGACUUGAGAAUUCACAAUUAGACCUGGGAUUGAGCAUGAAUUUGGACGUGGUGAUGGAUCAUACCAGCAGCAGCUUGGGCUCAGAUCUCACACUGUCAUAUGAGGAAUAUGAAUGCAAGAUAUGCUACAAUUACUUUGACCUGGACAGGAGGGCCCCCAAACUGCUGGAGUGCUUGCAUACUUUUUGCCUGGAGUGCUUAAACACCCUUCAUCGCAGGGAGGAUAGGCCAUGGCGUCUCUGUUGCCCAAUAUGCCGGCACCGCACUAUUGUACCAGACUCCAGGGUGGAUGCACUGCCGAUAAACACUAAGGUGGCUGAGGCCUUCCCACUAUAUGUGAGACCAGAUGAUCCAUUCCCCCAGGAUAUCCUUCCUCCCAUAACUUAUAAUCAGCGUGGGCAACAGUAUCACCAUACUGGGGCUGGUGGUCUACUGGUCCAUGGUCCUUCUCAGUUACAUUACACUCUGCAGCCUGGACGAGAGAUUAUGUCGGCAGCCACCACAGGUUCUAGAGGCCAAGGAGCUUUUUCAGGCCUAUCUCAACCACAAACGAUAGGUGCUCCAUCCCCGAGAAGAAGUUAUGAGAGAUGCCAGAGUUGCAAGAGAGCAGUGCUUACUGGAGGAUGUGUUUGUGUUGUUUUUUCAUUCUUGGCAAUGGUGGUUUUGCUUUUUGCUGGCCUGGUUUUUGUAAACCGAUACAGUGGUGCCCCUGCUCCCUCCCCAGCAGGGCCUAUUUGCUUGUCAGUAGCCAGUGUGCUGGCUCUCUUCUCAGUGGUGGUCACCUGGGUUAUCUGUUGGCUGAAAUAUAGACCAGAGCCUGGGGAGGGAAGCAGAGGACUGUCAGGCAGUCAACGGACUCACUAAAGUCUCCACCUGUUCUACAGAUAUAAGGCAUCAAG